CCCAAUCACAUGAAAUAAAGUAUUUUGUGAGUCAAAGGCCUUAUUACAAUAAUAAUAUUAUAAUAGGGCCUUUAACAAAAUACUUUAUUACAUGUGAUUGGGAUUUCCUAUUCUUAAUCGACAAGGUUUUUACACAGUUAGUUAUCAGUUAAUAUUUAUUAAACACAGAUUUAGCAUUUAUAAAUAUCUAGCAAUUUUAUUCAAGGUUUAGUAGUGUUUCAAUCAAUAUCAUGCAUUUAAAAAUAGCAAUUACACUGUUGCUUUUAAAAACAAUAAAUGCUGAUAUACAAGCAGGUAACACCUGUACGUUAAAAUCUGGCGAAGAAGGGAUUUGCAAAUCCAUUGACCAAUGCGACCAUGGGAUCAAAAUGGUAAACACGGGAAUAUUUCCGUCUUUGUGUGGUUUUAAUGGAACCGUGGCUAUAAUUUGUUGCCGGUAUACAACUGUCGUUUCAAAACAAACCAGGGAAAUUCCGAAAAAGAGAGGACUAGGAGAUAUAACUAAAAAAAGCUGUAGUAGAAGCCCGAUAAAUAAAUCGUCUAUUCAACGCAUUCGCACACAGAGUAGUAAAGAUAGAGCGGAAGCUAUAAAAUCAGAUUUUCAAAAUAAUUUGCCUGAAACGGUGACCGUUUACUGGGACGGGAAAUUAUCACCCGGACUGGACGUAAGAAGUUCUAAAGAAGAACACCUGCCAAUUCUUAUUUCGUUUGGAGAAAAGAAACAACUUUUAGAUAUGCCCAAACUGGAGAGCUCUUCCGGUCAAGAUCAAGCUAAAGCUGUUUUAACCGCACUUUAUGACUGGAACCUCGAGGACAAACUACAAAUAAUAAUGAAACCGAGUUAUGUGGCGGUAGGUUUCACAAAAAAACAAAACUUUGAAGGACAACUGCUCAAAGUCCUCGAAGGAAUACAACAUCCCGACUUUAGCUACCCAAUAUUAUACAACGACAUAGGCCUUUUAAAAGUGGAAAAAAUGAAAUUUAAUUCAUUCGUGCGUCCAGCAUGUUUAAACGUAGAUUCCCAUGUGAAUAGGGAGCAUGCAAUUGCGACCGGUUGGGGCAAAGUGGGAAGUUCAUCAUUGAGCGACGACCUCUUGAAAGUUAAGUUGCAAUUGUUUAAUACGACGCUUUGCAAUUCAAUUCUGGGGGAGAUUGGGAGGCAACUGAAAGAUGGCAUUUCGUCCGAAACGCAAAUUUGUGCUGGAUCUAUGACUGAUAUAAAAGAUACAUGCAAUGGAGAUUCAGGAGGUCCCCUACAAAUUUUCCACAAUGAAUCUUUGGAUGGUACAAAAUGUAUGUACGAUAUCAUUGGAAUCACAUCUUUCGGGAAAAGAUGCGGGGUAAACGUUGGAAAUCCUGGUGUAUAUACACGAGUUUCUGCAUACAUUAAAUGGAUUGAAGAAACUGUUUGGCCAGAAAAUUAAUUGAUUUCAAAUAUGACUAUAUUUAAUGUUCCUUUUUUACAUAUAUUAAAAUAUUGUAUUUCUUACCUUAUUAUAUUUAAGGUACUAAACUACUAAAAUAAUGAUAAUAAGUGGUAGAACAUUAUUUAUUAGCAAGUAAUAAAAACAAAGUGAUAUUUUAAAAGGACAUAAUAAAUUUAAAGAAUUCGCAGAUCAAUGGAUUACCCAGUCCUAAAUAAUUUUUGCCAACUACAAAAAUUAAUAAGAUAGGAAAAUGAUUUAAAUUUUGCUGUGGGCAUUUCUCAAAAUUUAUUAUGUUGAAUACAUGAGAUCAAAAACAACGGCACUUAAUUAAAAAAAUAUAGUUUAUGUGGGUUUUUGAAAGAUUGUUUGAAUUAGAGAGUAUUUAUAAAAGCACUAAAAAUAACUAAGCAACCUCGUCACAACUACAAUCUAUAGCCAG